CGGCAACCGAUGGGGCACACCCAACUCUCCUGUACAUCUCUCUACCCACAGGCCAGGAUUCAGCCAGCCCCAUCAGAACCACACACACCGGGCAGGUGCGGGGCAGCCUCGUCCAUGUGAAGGACAUCCGUGUCGGAGCCCACACCUUCCUGGGCAUUCCCUUUGCCAAGCCACCUGUAGGACCACUGAGGUUUGCCCCUCCAGAGCCCCCUGAACCAUGGAGUGGUGUGAGGGAUGCCACCUCCCACCCAGCCAUCUGUCUGCAGGACAUUGCUGCAAUGAAGACACAGGCUCUGAAACUGUUGAAUCUGACCCUGCCUCCCAUCCCCAUAUCUGAGGACUGCCUAUACCUCAACAUCUACUCGCCCGCCCAUGCACAUGAGGGCUCUAACCUGCCGGUGAUGGUGUGGAUCCAUGGUGGUGCACUGGUUAUAGGCAUGGCUUCCUUGUAUGAUGGAUCAGUGUUUACAGCCUUUGAGGAUGUGGUGUUGGUCACUAUCCAGUACCGCCUGGGAGUCCCAGGCUUCUUCAGCACUGGAGACCAGCAUGCCACUGGCAACUGGGGUUUUCUGGACCAGGUGGCCGCCCUACGCUGGGUCCAACAGAAUAUCGCCCACUUUGGAGGCAACCCCGACCGUGUCACCAUUUUUGGUGAAUCUGCAGGUGGCACAAGUGUGUCCUUGCAUGUCAUGUCCCCCAUGUCCCAAGGACUUUUUCAUGGUGCCAUCAUGGAGAGCGGGAUGGCCCUGGUGCCCACCCUCAUCUCCAGUUCCAUUGAGGCAGUUGUCACAAUGGUGGCCAACUUGUCUGCCUGUGGACAAGUAGACUCAGAGGCCCUGGUGGGCUGCCUGCGGGUCAAGAGUGAAGAAGAAAUGCUGGCUAUUACCAAGGCCUUCAAUAUCAUACCUGGCAUAGUCGAUGGGAUCUUUCUGCCCAGGCAUCCUGAGGAGCUGUUGGCAUCUGCUGACUUCCAAUAUGUCCCCAGCAUCAUUGGUGUCAACAAUGAUGAGUAUGGCUGGAUCAUCCCCUCGAGCAUGGUAAACUAUGGCACUCAGAAGAUAGACAGAGACAUGGUGCGAGCUAUCCUGCAGAGAAGGUCAAAGCAGCUGAUGUUGCCUCUUGAGUUUGGUGACCUGCUGAUAGAAGAGUACAUGGGGAACACUCAAGACCCCGAGACCAUCCAAGCCCAGUUCCAAGAGAUGAUGGGAGACUUCAUAAUCGUGAUGCCUGCACUGCAAGUAGCGCAUUUUCAAC